AUGGGCAGCGGUAUCAGCGGACUGGGGGUAGGCAUCCUGGGUGAUGUCACUUGGCAGGUCAGGCAGGCUUGGCAGAACCGCUUCACUUCAGCCUCCAAGCCCGGCCAGUGGAAGCAGUCGCGGAUCCGCUGGAUGGAAGACCAAGUUGUGCUCCAGUGCACCGCGACUGUUCUGAAGGAGCAGAUCAAACUAUGUCUUUCCUGUGAAGGCUUCGGGAACCGUCUGUGCUUUCUAGAGACAACAUCAAAUGCCCAGAAUGUGCCGCCUGAUCUGGCAAUCUGUGCCUUUGUAUUGGAGCAGUCGCUCUCAGUACGAGCCCUGCAGGAGAUGCUGGCCAACACCGUGGAGAUGAACGAGGCAGUCGAUUUGGAUAAAUGGGUAUGUCUCAUGUCUCAAUAG